UCUGCUUCGCCUGCCUCUGCUUCGUUCGCUUCCGCUGAGCCGUCUCCUCAUGCGCCUUCUCUACAGUGCGCUAGACCAGACCAGGCUAAGGAGCAAGAGGGGCAGCGGGAGCAAGGGAUCGUGCUAGGGCCGGUGCAAGGGGUGGUGCAAGGAAGGCCGCAGCUGGAGGUGCAAGGAGAGAGUGACACGUGUUGGUGGGAGCCCCUUGAGAGGGAAGGCACAGGGAGUGCAGGGGUGUUGCGCGCAGAAGAAGAAGGGGACCCAGAGGGGAAAUUCGAGGGAAGGCCAGAGGAGAAGCCAAACGAAGAAGCACCAUCCUCACCAUCACCAUCACCAGCACCAGCACCAGCACCACUAUCAUCACCAUCACCAGCAUCACUAUCAUCACCAUCACCAGCACCACUAUCAUCACCAUCACCAGCACCACUAUCAUCAUCAUCCCCAUCAUUCCCCUCCUCUGAAUCUGUGUCUGCUGAUGUGUGGGUGGAUUGUGAGAGUGAGGGCGAGAGGAAGGAGUUUGAGCGGGUAGUGGGAGAGCUGAAGACAGUGGUGCAGGGGUACGCGCUCACGCCGUCCCAGGCUGUGCUCGUGCUGGUCUCAGACCCUGCGGUGGCUGAGCAGGUUUUGGUGAAGGUGGAUGGGAGGGUGGGUGGGAAUGGGAGUGGUGUGGAUGAGGAGGAGGAAGAGGAGGAGGAGGUUGAUGAGACGGUGCGUAGUGAAGGGAACGCUGCUGCUGCUGCUGCUGCUGCGGGUGCGGGUGCGGGUGCGGGAAAUGUCUCAGAUGCUGCUGCAGGAGGCAGGACAGUGGGGUCAGUUGUGGGGGAAACUCUUAUACCGGGGCCUGGAUGGCGGCUGGUGGCUUUUGUUAAAAGGGGAAGGGAUAUGGAUGGAUGGGAUGGGGAGAGUGGGGAGGGGAUGGAAACGGAGAGUGAGAAAGGACCAUUUGAAAAAGCCUGGGAGGAGCAGUUAGACCAGAGCGGGGACAUUGAACAGCAAGGAAGGCAAGGGCACGAGAGGCAAGAGCAAGAGAGGCAAGAGCAGCAGCCACGGAGGCAGCAGCAGCAGCAGGAGGAGGAGGAGGAGGAGGAGGAGGGAGGGCAAAAGCAGGAGGAGAAGGAGGAGGAACAAUUGCAGCAGAAGGGAAGGUGCGAGGGUGGGGAGGGGACGUUGGAGAGGGUGGGGAGAGCGCGAGGGUGGUUUGAGUACCCAUGGGCGGGGGAGCCACACAAGAGCGGGGAGCCGCUGUCAGUUGAUGACUGGAUGCAGAGCCUCCCACGGCCUCUUGUACAGGAGGUUGGUCCAGACGCCUACAGCGCAUCUUUCAACUCCAAGCGCCCCUCCGUCAUCCUCCUCCUAGACUCCUCUGUCUCUGCUGCCCUUUCCGCACCCCCCAAUUCCUCCUCCUCGUUUCCGGCCUUUUCAAGAGCACCAGCACCAGCAGCAGCGCCAACAGCAGCUGCGGAGAGUGAAACAGCAGCACCAGCAGCACCAGCAGCAACAGCAGAAACAGCAGCAGCGGCUGCAGCUGAUGCUCUUCUGAGAGUGGCACGGGUGUUUGCUCAAGAGGAGGAGGCCAAGCGACGAGCAGCGGCAAUAGCAGUGGCUGCAGCAGCAAGAAUGAGGCAGCAUGGUUCCCCAGAAACUGUUUCCGCUGCUUCUACUGCACCUGCUGCUACUUCUGCUACUGCUGCCGCUGCUGCUGCUCCUGGUGCUGGUUCUGGUGAGGGGUUACAGAGGGAAGGGGUGCGCUCAGAAGCCAAGAUUAUCAAUCUCGCUAGGGAUGGAGGAGGGGGUGGAGCGAGGGGAGCAAGAGGAGGAGAGGGAGGAGGCGGAGGUGGAGGAGGAAGAGAAGUGGGCAAGUCGGGUGGUGAGGGGAACGAGGAGGGGGGAGAGGCAGCAAGAAUAGGAGCAGCAGGAGGGCUAGAAGGUGUGGUUACCCAGGCUAGAUUGCUGCAGGUGUUGCAACGUGCCCUGCAGGAAGGGGGAGUGCGAGGGAUUGGUACUCUGCAGCAGCAGCAGCAGCAGCAGCAGCAGAAGCACCUGCCGCAGAAGAAGAAGCAGCAGCAGCAGGAAAAGGGGCAAGGGGUGAUUGUGCAGCAGGUGCAACAGGUGGGGCAACAGACGCCGCAGCAGCAACAGCAGCAGAUGGUGACAGUGCAGCUCGGCCCGCAAGGGCUCGCUGGUGGGCUGAAUGACGUUCUAGGGUCAGUGCUUAAAGCCGUGCAGCAACACCAGCAGAUAAAGCAACAGGCACAGGUGCAGCAGCAGCAGCAGCAACAGCAGCAGCAGCCAAUCCAGCAGCAGCAACAGCUGAAAGUGGUGCAACAAGAGAAGGUGCAGCUACAGGCUCAGCGACACGAGGACAAGCACACAUUGCAAGGCAAGGGGGAUGGUAAUAACGGGGACAAGGAAGCUGGUGCUGAGGGUGGUAAUAGCGAGGACAAGGAGGACAGUAACGAAUACAAGGGGGGUUAUAGUGAUAAUGACAGCCUAGAGAACAAGGGUGGUUACGAGGGGGAUGUGGGGACAGUUGUGGGAGGACGUGGUGAAGAAGGGGAGGGUAACAAUGCUGCUGCUAGCGGGGCAGCGUUUAGUGAGGCAUUGCUGGAGCUUACUGGCGGUGACGGAGAGUCAAGGGGUGAGCAGGAGGGAGAAAAGGGGGGGUUUUCUGGGUUGAAACGGGAUGGAGGGGGGAGGCAGGGAGAGGAGAGGGAAAUGGGGGAGGAGGGAGAGGAUGGGUUGAUUGGCAAAACGCAAGGGGUAGGUGGCAGUAGUAAUGCAGCUGAUGCUGAUGCUGGUGCUCAUUCUGACUUGACUGGCAGCGCUGAUUUUCCUGUGGCUUCUGGUCAGCGUGCUGCUGCUUCUGCAGUUUCUGCUGCUUCUGGUGUCCCUGGUUCCUCGGACUCUGCUCCCCCUGCUGCCUCUGGUGCGUCUGGGACCAUUCCUGCUGCUGGUGAAGCGGAGAGGGAGAACGAGGGAGGAAGAGAGAGCGAGGGAGGGGGCGAGAGCGAGGAAGGGAGCGAGAGCGAGGGAGGGAGCGAGAGCGAGGGAGGGAGCGAGAGCGAGGGAGGUAGCGAGAGCGAGGGAGGUAGCGAGAGUGUGAGCGAGGCAGCAGGGUACGCGGUGGAGUGGGAGGAUCUGGUGGGGCCAGAGGCGGAGGAGAAGUGGAUAGACGACCUGCCCUUUGCCUUCUUCAUUGUGGACCGGGACGACGCCCUCAGAGACCGCCUCAUUCCGCCCCUGUAUUCUCCUUCUUCUCCGUCCGCUCAUGCUACAUCUCCUUCCUCCCCCUCCGCCACCUCCUCCACCUCUUCUUCCGCCGCUCCCCCGCCCGCUCCCUCGCCUGCUCCCUCUGCCUCCUCGGUUCCUCCUCCCAUCACCUCGUCGUCCCCACCCUCCUCCGACCUCCCAGCCCUAGCUGUUCUCCACCCAUCUCAAGACGCAGUCUACCAUUACCCCGGGAAUCCCACCGACGCAGCAGCCCUGCUCUCCUUCCUACGCGCAGUCUUACAGGGCCAGGUGCAGCGAACCUCGCGCUCCUCCUCCCGCCCCCCGCCCCCACGCCACACGCCCCCCGUGCCGUUUCUCAAUGCGGAGUUUCAGGAGAUAGAGGGGGUGGAGAGGGUGUGUGCGCAGGAUUUGAUUCAGUUUCUGGGGCAGCGGCGGCGGGAGCAUGAGUGGGUGGUGCAGCAGCGGCAGCGGUGGCAACAGCAGCAGCGGUUGCAGCGGCAGCAGCAGCGGGUGUUGAGAGAGCAAAGGAGGUGGCGGAGGCAGGUGAGGCAGCAGCAACGGCAGCCGUCAAGAGAGGGGGACAGGAGUUGGGGUGAAGGAGUAACUGAGAAGGAGCAUAUGAAGCAGCGGCGAAUGGGGUCAAGAGAGGGGGGCAGGACAGAGGAUGAGGGAGGACGAUUUGAGGAGCAGAAGAGCCAAUGGCAGGAGCAGCAGGAGCAGGGACAGGAGCAGCAGCAGCAGCACCUACAUGCACAAGGUCUUGGUGCUGGUGCUUCUCAACUGGACAACCGACUGGACCCCCGGCCCCUGGCGCUGCUGCUAACCACUCCCUGGUGUGGCUUCUGCCGGCGCAUCGAGCUCGCGUUCAGAGAGGCACACCGCGCACUGCUCAUGCUCCCAUCAGCCAUAAACGCAUCUGUGCCAGUCCAGCAGAAGCAGCAGCAGCAGCAGCAGCAGCACUGGGGUUUGAGGAAGGCAGAAGGGAGCACGGGGCAAAGAGCAGCAACAGGGGCACGAACAGGAGUAGCGGCAGCAGCAGCAGCAGCAGCAGCAGAUGGUGUGGGAAAUGUUGUGAAGGGCGAUGGGGGUAUGAGAAGCAACAUUGACUGCGCUGUGAAUGACUGCCACGAUGUGCUCCUGCCCUACUGGCAGAUUACAGCCUUCCCUCUCGUCGCUCUGAUCCCUCCCCUGCCAACUCUCCCCCCCUCGGCCCUCUCCUCGUCCCGCUCCUUCCCCCACGCUGCCUCGUCUUCUAUCCCUGCUCAUCCGAGUUCUGAAGUUCCUCACAACCAGAAUUCUUCUGCAUCUUCUAUGCCUGCUGCUGCUGCUUCUGCUGCUGCUGAUGCUGCUGAAGCUGCUGCUGCUGCCGUUGCUUCCCCUGCCGCUGAUUCUCCUUCUCCUCCUGCUGCGGCUGCUGCUGCUUCUGGGGAAUGGCUGGGGAAGGAGGGGAUGUGGGAGAAAGGGGACGAAGCAAAAGAGGGACAGAGAGUAGAGGAAGAGGAGUUAGAACAGGCAGAGGAGGCGGAGGAAGAGGAGGACAACGAGGAGGACGAGGCGGAGGAGGAGCAGGAUGAGUAUGAGGAGGAGGGUGAGGAUGAGGGUUAUGAGGAGGGGGGAGGUGUGUCCAGCAAGAAGGAUGCUUGGGUUCCAGUGAUUUACAGAGGGGCGCAUGCAGUGCGCCCCCUCAUUGCCUUCCUCAUUAACCACACCACCCUCCCUCCCGCCGCUGCUUCGAGAAUCCUGCAAGUGCUACUAGCCACACGAGACCGUCCUCCCAUGGUUGGUGCGUCCCUCCCGCACCAGUCACACACCCAGGGCAGCAAAGCCUCGCCACAAGAAGGAAUGGUGGGGCUAGCAGGGGGAAAGCCAAGAGCAGAAGUACAGGCAGCGCCAAAAGGAGAAGAACAAGCAGGGGGGAAGGCGGAAGAGCAGGAGGAGCAAGUAGAGCAAGUAAGCAAGGGGAGGAUUUUGAAGGAAGAGGAAGGGGGGGAGGAGGAGAAGGAGGAGGUAGAGGGGGAGGAGGAGGAGGAGCGUAAGGGGGAGAAGGGAGGAGAAGAGGGCAGGAGGGGAGAUUCAGGGAAGCUUCAGAAAUACGUGGUGGGGGAGAGUGGGGAAGGGGGGGAGGAAAGAGAUAGGGCGCUUCGUUUGGAAGGUGGAGUUGCACUUCCUGCUCUUGCUGCUGCUCCUGCUGCUGCUGCUCCUGCUGCUCCUGCUUCUGCUGCUGCUGCUUCUGCUACUGGUGCUUCUGGGCGUGACAGUGCGUCUGGUGGUACUGGUGCUCUAGCAAGUCCUUCCUCUAUUUCUGACACGGCUUCAACGCCCUCGGACAGCACCACCUCCUCUGAAGGGCUUGCGGCUGAUGCAGAGGUAGAGGAGGAGGAGGAGGAGGAGCAAGGAAGAAAGCCAAGGCAACGAGGGAAAAGGGAUGAUGCUGGUAGUAAUGCUGCUGCGCAUUCUGAUGCUGAUGCUGAUGCUGCUCCUGCUGCGGCUGCUGCGGCUGCUGAUGGUGCUGAUGGUGAUGCUGAUGCUGAUGAGAAGGCCACUGGCAGACAGCCCUUUGGGGAAGCGCGUCAGUGCGUUGCUGUUGAUAAGCCCUCGGCCGGGUCGUUCCUUGUCGCCUCUGAGGAUCUCAUCAACUCCCCAAUGUUUGAGCGCACGGUGAUCCUCAUGCUCUCUCUCAACGACUCCGGCCCCAUCGGCCUCGUUCUCAACCGCCCGCUCUCCUGGAAGUUUGUCUCGGGCGUGCAGGAUUGGCUCCUCUCCCGCGUUUACUCCGCACCGCUCUCCCUCGGGGGCCCUGUGAUCAACCCCACGAGCGCGUUCGCAGCGCUCACACGCCGCUCCUCCUUUGCCGGGUUCCAAGAGGUGCUUCGGGGGGUCUACUGGGGAACAAUGGAGGCGCUUGUGCGAGCCGUGGGCCUCAUCGACGGAGGAAUGACAUUUCCGGAGGAGUUUUGGUUCUUUCUGGGACUGUCGAGCUGGGGAGCGAAGCAAUUGGACGAGGAGAUCAGCAACGGGUGGUGGUAUGUUGCGGAUUGCAGGCCGGAAAUGAUUCGAUGGCCGACCGAGUGGUCGGAGGAGGCGGCAAGGAAGGCUGAUGAAGGCGGGAUGGCUGGGGUGUUUAAGAAGGCCAAAGAGGCGAAUGAGCGGUUGUGGAUUAGGGUUCUGGAAGCGAUGGGAGGGAAAUAUAGGGAGAUUGCAAGAGCACAAGGGGGAAAUGGAGAGCAAUAGGUAGACUGGUGGAUAAUUGCGUUGUGAUAUAUUUGCAACAAAAUCUGCGGAAUAGA